AUGGAUGAGCGGAGGUUGACAUUAUCUAUGGAGAUCCUGCAGAUUUGUCGAAAAGUUCUGUCCAAAGAACUUUCAGUGGAUGCGGGUUUUGGACUGCUCCAAACUAUGAGUAAAUCGAAUAGUGUCGUAUCUGGUCUAAUCGUUGAUGCACUUUCGCUUAUAGAUGCUGAGCUGUCAAACUAUAAAGCGAAAGAUGAAACGCAGAAAAAAUUCAUGGAGUUAACAGCUUUAAUCUCAAAUAAGAUUGUCCCUGAGGAAGUCCUGAGGGUGGAAUUAUGUGUAAUGGGAGCGAGUGAUCCAGCUAUGCGUUCCCGCAUUGUUAAAACGAAAACUAAACUUUUUUUUAAACAAUUGAAGUUCAACCUCUUCCGAGAAGAAAGCGAGGGUUAUGCAAAGCUGCUGACAGAAUUGUUGUCAGUGAUCCCAGUGACGCCUCAAGUCAUCGUUAAUCGUAUUCAUAGGCUUAUUGGUCAAUUCAACUUAGAUCCAAAUCGUGUACUUGAUGUUAUACUAGAGUGUUUCGAAGUUGCUCCAGAAAGGCGGCGCUUUUUUCUAUCUUUAUUAACCGAAUUUAAAGCUAGCAGUGAAGACUUGUGCAAUAUUCUUGGUUUUAAGUUUACCUUCUACCAGAAAAAUAAUUCAACGCCACGGUCAUUAUACCGUCUGGCAGCAAUCAUGUGCCAUGAAAAAUUUAUCGAUCUUCUGACUCUCUGCAACUUCCUUACACCGAAAAUGAACGAAUUGCUGAUGGACCACAAGGAACGUCUAAGUCGGGACUCUCGUAGAGCCAAGAAGGCAGAAUCUAUAUACACUGGGGCGAUAUCUGUUGAGCCUCGUGCGAACGGUUCUUUUGUUGACGAAUCAUCUUCAACCCCUGUUGCUGGUGUCUCAUUUGCUGCAGUCGCUGCUGCGCAGGAUGCUGAAGAUGAAAAGCUGCUUGAGAAUAGUAUAUCUGAUGAAAUGAUACUGACUAAAAAUCAGAAGCUGGGAUUGACUUAUGCUCUGCUAGAAGAAGGUGCCUGGCCUUUUGCGAAGCAACUUUUAGAUAGAUUUCCUGAAUUUUAUGCUGUUAACGCUUCGCGGGACAUUGCGCUUGCUAUUGCUGAUAUGUUAGAGAGAUCGAUUGACGAUUUUUACCAAGAAAAAUGUAAAAUUGCACUAGAACCUACUUCGUUACCUCCCUCUUUCGCCGAUGCUCAUUCACUUGAAAUAGUUGGUAGUUGGUCUGAACUGAUUUCUGUAGUCUUACCAGUUUUAACGUAUCUUGGUCCUUAUGUUGCUCAUCGUCCACAUGCAGCGACUAAAUUGGUGCGCCUGAUAACUGUAUAUUUCGAGGAGAAACAAAAGGACCCUGAACUGACUCAGUCUACUCAUACACAGAAUGUCUCUGACGCCUUAAUUGAUAUUAUCGACGAAGUUUUGUUGCCGUCGUUGUCUUUAACGACAUUCAAUUAUGCUUUUUCUGAAGAACUUUGGAAUCUUAUCAGUCAUUUCUCAUACAUUCUGCGUUACCGUAUGUACUCGAGGUGGAAAACAGUUCACACUUUGCGUCAUCCAAAAAUGAACAUAAGAAAGGCUAAGACGUACGGUAUGGUACGCUACGUGGUCAAGCGCCUUUCUAAAGAAUCUGUGAGGAUGAUGGGAAGGCAACUUGGAAAGCUGUGUCACGCACAUCCUGCUGUUGUAUUUGAUUAUUUAUUGAACCAAAUUCAAACCUUCGAGAACCUUAUCGAGCCUGUCGUUGAGUCGAUCCGGUUUUUGAGCAAUUUGGAAUUCGAUGUACUCUCAUUUUGCAUUAUAGAACAUUUGGCAGCACCAGAAAAACAGCAACUAAAGUCUUCUGAUGGUACGUUAUCUCCAUGGCUGCAGUCACUAGCUACUUUCAUUGGCACGGUAUUUUUGAAGUAUAAUAUGGAGUUAACUGGUGUUUUACAGUAUGUUGCCAACCAGCUGAAGAAUGGGAAGAGUUUCGACCUACUCGUUUUGAGGGAAAUAAUACAGAAUAUGUCGGGAAUUGAAUCUACUACUGAUCUGACCUCUGAUCAGUUAGAAGCGCUUGCUGGGGGCGAAACCCUUCGCCAAGAAGCGGGCUCCUUUUCUCUUAUUCGGGCGAACCGGCGUGCCACCACUCGUUUGCGUGAGGCGCUGUUUAAGGAGCAUCUUAUUGUUGGUUUAUCUAUCCUAACUGCUCAACAAAGACAGUGCAUCGUUUUCGUUGAGUCUAAUGACAUCCCCUUAAAAUUAGCCGGACAGAUGCUGGAUAAGUGUCAAGAAACACUUGUACAGUUUGGUUCUUUCCUUCGUUCAAAUAUUCGGAACGAAGAAUAUUCUAGUAGGAUGCCACCUCUUACUGAGCUAAUUAGUCGGUUCCAUUUACCAACUGAUGCUGCAUUUUACCUCUCAAGGCCUACGUUUAUGCCUCGCGUUUAUACCUGUUUUGAUAAAACUCGAAAAGCGAUGCGGGAGCCGGAUGGUUCUAAAACAAAGUUGGAUAACAGCCAAAAGUUUGAACUAUUCAAAAAGCGUUUUAAUGAAAUUUUUGGAGAACUCGAGCAAGCAAUUGUUCCAUUACUUCCUGAAGUAGCAUGGACCGAUAUCUCUUCAAAGGUUUUCAUGAUAUUUUGGGGCUUAACGCUUUACGACAUAUACAUACCCAAAGGAGCUUACGAGAAUGAGAUGUUACGGGUUAAAAAAUUGAUGGCUGGGUUACAAGAUAACAUUGAAUUGAGCAAAACCAGGCGCGCAAAAGAAGAGGAGCAGCUGAGGACUUUAGAAAAGAAGUUAAGUGACGAGUUAAAGAGGCAGACCGAACAUGUUGAGCGUGUGUUGGCUAUUUUAAAGUUGGAAAAAGAAAGCCUUUUUUCGGAAUGUCACCCUAGUACGUUUGUCGCUGGUGUUGCUGUUGUAAUUAUUGCUAGUGUGUCAGUUUCCCAUUCGGAAAAUGUUUUUCUUUUAGAGUUACGAGGCAUGCAAAUGGCACAUUUUCUUCAACACUGCAUUCUACCUCGAGCUGUUUUUACUGACGUUGAUGCUGCAUAUUGUGCGAAAUUUGUGCAUCUUUUGCAUCAACAGCGUACCGGUUUCUUUCAAACAGUGUUCUUCUUUGAUAAGCUGUUCGCAGAUUUGGCUGUGGUCUUGGCUGCAUUUUCUGAAAAUGAAGCCAACUGCUUUGGUAGAUUCCUUGCAAUGAUGCUUGAGCAUCUUAACUUGAUUCUAGAACGCUCAUUUACCAAAGAAACUUUGUGUUCACAGGAAUGUCAGCGAUACCCAGGCUUCAUCACCAGACUUCAUAUGCCAGGUGAAGUAACUACAAAUUCAACUGAUGGAAUGGAAUAUGAACCUUAUAGGCAAGUUAAUUCAUAUUAUUUGGGAUAUCACAUUGUGCUUCAAUAUUUCCCCCUUAUCGAGAGCCACAUUUCCAACCUAGAGAAAUGCGUUAAUAUUGUCCGUGACAAAGAAAAGGGGACCCGUGACGACCUUUCGUUAAUGGCUGCGUCCUACUUAGGCCAUUUAAGGAUGCGUAAAACUCGAACGUUUGCUGACCACGAGUUUCACAAUAGGAUUAUUGACCCUACAAAGAAGGCGGUCAGAACAAAGAGUAGCGAUGCGAAGAAAGUUGCUGUAAAAAGUGAAGUUCCGCAGGAUACGAAGAAGGGAACGAGCAAAACAAAUGAAAACACUGUUGCUAGGAAGGCUAUGAAUUCAACAGCUUCAGCAGCUAGCAAGAACGAGCACGUACCGGUUGAUUCUUUAAAAGACUCUCAUAAAACAUUGGCGAGUAACGAAGACCGAAAGAGAGGAGCAGAACCUGUGGAAACUCCUUCAAAAAAGAAAAAUAAGCUUUCAAGUGGAGAAAGUAACCAAAAGGUGUCAGAACCUAAGAAAGAUGUGGUUUCAAAGGAAGAAAUUACCCAAGAAGACGGCGAAGUAGCAAGCUCACCUCAUUCUUCCCAUCAGCAUGAAUCUACUCCUCCAAAAAAAAGUCGCUCUAAAAAUGCUGAUGAUGAUUCUGUAAAACGGGAAGGUGCAAGGUCACGACAUGAGGAACGGAGGGAGGAAAAAGAGAGGAAGAAGAACGGGAAUAAUGCAAAAACCAAGUCUUCCGACGAUCAUACUAAACUUCGAGAGCGUUCGUGGAAACGUCCUGGUGAUCCUGCAUUGUUGGAGGGGUAA